CUUUGUUGUGGUGUACGAUUGUAGGCUGCUCACGUUUCACGUGGUUCGCAUUUUUCAAAUUAACGCAGUGCUCGACAUUCCAUUGUAAAUUCAAUGGCUUCCAGCAAUAAAACAAAACUGAAGUGACCUGUGCCUAUUUCCUGCAGACAAAGAAAAGAUAUUGCCGAAUGUCAGUUAAGACCGGACGCAAGUUCUGCGGUGAGCAUGCCUCUUUGGAAGUGGCCAAUCAAGUCUGCCCUACAUCAGCUGCCAAAUAUGCACGUCCCUACGACCCCAAUCAGAAUUUUAACCCAAAUACAAUGUGAUCCCAAUAUCGGAGAUACAGAGGGUGGCCUGCUUCAAACAGCUUCCGUUGCCAUUUACAUGAUCUGCGCCCCCGUAUUUGGCUACCUGGGUGAUCGAUACUCUCGAAGGCUUAUCAUGGCUGCCGGUAUUUUCGUCUGGAGCCUGACAACAUUACUUGGCUCUUACAUGACAAAUUUCUGGGCUUUCCUGGUCAUGAGGAGCCUUGUAGGUUUGGGAGAAGCUUCUUACUCAACCAUAGCACCUACCAUCAUUUCAGACUUAUUUGUUGGCGAUACUCGCUCAAAAUUCCUAGCCCUAUUCUAUUUCGCAAUUCCGGUCGGGAGUGGACUAGGUUACAUCGUUGGCUCAGAAGCAUCUAGAGUGAUGGGAUCGUGGUAUUGGGGCCUUCGAGUCACGCCAGUUUUCGGGGCCAUAGCUGUGCUCCUGAUUUUGCUGGUCGUCCAGGAUCCUCCACGCGGCGAAUCUGAAGGCGCUCAUCUUUCAGCCACGAGUUGGUGGGACGACAUUAAAUCACUCGGCAAAAACAAAAGCUUUGUGAUGUCCACAGCAGCUUGCACAGCGGUGGCCUUCGUCGCUGGAGCUCUGGCAUGGUGGGGUCCCAAGUUUAUCGCAUUGGGUUUGGCCACUCAACAAGGUCACCAGGAUGUUUCAUUGGAUGACGUAUCGUACAUUUUCGGCUUGAUUGCCAUGAUCGCUGGUUUGCUGGGCGUUCUCCUUGGAUCUUUCCUCGGCCAAAAAUUGCGCGUCCGCUAUCAGCGGGCCGAUCCCAUCGUUUGCGGCAUGGGUAUGCUGUUUUCCACUCCGCUCAUGCUAGCUGCGUUGUUUAUCGCCGGAUGGAACACUACCACUUGCUUUGUGGUCGUCUUCUUUGGUCAAGUCCUGCUCAAUUUGAAUUGGGCAAUUGUGGCUGAUAUCCUGUUGUAUACGGUAAUCCCAACGCGACGAUCAACCGCUGAAGCGUUUCAAAUUCUAUUUUCACACGCACUGGGUGACGCCGGCUCUCCUUAUUUGAUUGGCCAGAUCAGGAACGUCAUCUAUAGAUCUCACCACUGUUGAAGGCGACUUCAAAGCCCUUCAGUGGGCCAUGUCUAUCACGAUAGUCGUGGAAGUUCUCGGUGCUCUCUUCUUUUUCGGAACAGCAUGGUACAUCGUAGAGGACAAAGCCAAAGUUGAUCGCGCAGUAGCAGACGGCCCACGCGGUUUCCGAGCCGUAAGCAUGAAGGAGUUGCCCGCGUCCUUGAUGUGGAACGGCCAUCCCUCUGACUUGGUGACGUCUAAAAAAAUAGGUUUGGGAUUCGAUGAUGAAACGAGGCAACUAUCGCCGUCAAGAAAUCGGCGGCCAGACAGCAAUGGAACACCCGAAGAAGAGCAACCCAUCACCAUCAUCGCUCCAGCUUCCGAUUAUCUUUCGGUCAUUUAAAAAAGGAACAAGAAAAGAUCCCUCCUGAACAUAUUAAGAGUUGUUGCGCAUUCUUUGUUGAUGGACCCUUUUGUUUCUUCAUGGACAAACCCAACCCCUUGUCUAGUCUUUCGUGGCUCCGUGUUUAGACUCAUCCAAAUCAGGACCCCUUCCUUAAUUAUCCGUCUCUCAUUCCCGACCUGUUCCCGACUUGAGGCAAAAGGCUGUACGCAUUGACUUAAUUUAUACGAUUGUUAUCAACCGAGAUGCUCAAAACAUCACUGUUGUAGACAACUCCUCUUCCUAGCACCGACUAGAUUUUUUUUUUCGUUGUUAAGAUUCUCUUUAUGUGCGUGCUUUUUUAACAACACAAAUAAGCUAUUACCUGCAAUGAAUUCUGCCAAUGACAUCUUAUCAGAAGUCAUAGUUAAAGUUGAUAAAUUUGUUAGUUUUCAAAAUUUAGAGGAAACGAUCAAGAAAGAAUCAGAUACCCGAAUCCGUUCCAUCCUCAACAAGUCCUACUCUGUUGUUGUUGGUCCUUUGGAGAAAAUUCCACCUGGAGCAGCCUUCAUUUUGCACGGCUACUGCGACAACUUCGAGGCUCCAUUCAAGAAACGUGUGAUCAUUUUGACUGCCACAUUUGAUUAUUACACACCACUAAAUUCGAAACAAUUAUAAAAAAGACUUCACGAACUUUGGGAUCGCAAAUUAGGCGAAGACAAAUCCGCCUCUAUCGUCUCACGAAUUGCUAACAACGUUGUUUUUAUCGAACCCGAAAACGGCUCCAUGCCAUGCACUACUUGACGCACCAGAAAGUUUAAAAGAAAAGGAUGUUAUCAUGUCAGAAUACUUUGUGAUAAUACAAAUUUGUUUAACCAAUUAAAAA